GGCGCGCCCCGCGGGGCGCGCCGGGGUUGCCGCGGCCAUGGCGGCGGAGGGCGCGACGGGCGCCGAGGCGGCGGCCGCGAGAGUAAGCCGGCCGCUGCUGCAGAUAGCGCCCAUGAUGGAGGUCACCCACCGGGACUUCCGCUACUUCAUGCGGCUGCUCACCAGACGUGCCCAGCUCUGGACCGAGAUGGUGGUGGAUGACACGAUCUUGCACAACCUCGAGCCAGAGAAGUGCGACAGAUUCCUGGGGUUCCACUCCCGCGAGCACCCAGUCGUCUGUCAGCUCGGCGGCAGCGACCCCGCGAAGCUGGCCGAGGCAGCGCAAGCCGUGGAGCGCUACGGGUACGACGAGGUCAACCUGAACGUGGGGUGCCCGUCGUGCCGCGUGGCGACGAAGGGCGAGUUCGGCUGCUCCCUGAUGAUGCGAAAGGAAGUCGUGAGGGACAUAGUGCACGCGAUGUCGAGGUCAGUGCAAAUCCCCGUGACGGUCAAGUGCCGGCUCGGUGUCGAUGACCUGGACUCGCCCGAGUUUACGCGGGAGUUCGUGAGCACGGUCGCGCAAGGUGGUUGCAAGCAUUUCGUGAUUCAUGCGCGAAAGGCCUGGCUCAAGGGCCUCAGCCCGCACCAGAACCGGACCAUCCCCCCGUUGCACUACCCGCGGGUGCUCGAGCUCUGCCGCGCCUUCCCGCACCUGGAGUUCAGCGUGAACGGCGGGGUCCUGGACCUCGGGCAUGCCCGCGCAUUGCUGGGCUUCCCGUCGGGCCGGAUGCCCAGCGAGGAGGAGGACCUGGUCGCCGACGCGUGGGGCCGGCCCGAGUCGGAGCCCGGGCUGCUGCGCGGCGAGGUCCCGCGGAACCUGCUGGGGGUGAUGAUCGGGCGCGGAGCCAUGAACAACCCUGCAAUGUUGUGGGAUGUCGACCACGUCAUGUACGGAGAUCCAGAGGCGCCCGCCCCGCCGACGCGGCGGGGCAUCUUGGCGGCGUACGGGGACUACCUGCGGGAAGCGCACCCGCCGGAGGAGGGCGUGCUGCCCUCUGUGGGAUCGGUGCACAUGGCCACCAAGCCCGUCCUGGGGCUGUUCUCGGGCCUGCGCGGCAACAAGGCCGCCGCGUCGGCGGCGCUGCGGAGCCUCAGCCGCCGCAGCUCCGCGGCCUCCGCCGCGUCCGCGGCCGCGCCGCUGGAGCUCGCGGGAGCAAAUUGCUCCGACCCUGGGGACAGCAUCCCGUCGCACUGUUGCGAGGGCAUCAUACCGUCGGCCAACUUCGUCGAGAGUUGCGACUGCAACCCAGGAUGGACGCACCAGGAGCGCAUGUGUAAGGGCCACCUCACCACGAUGCCUUGCCACGAGUGCACGGCACACUUGCCCGCGACGAACCGCUGGUCGAAGAGUUUCUCCAAGGAGGAGCUCUACGAGAACUGUCAAGAGUGCGUCGCGAAGUGCACGACGACGCUGAACGGGGGCGAGCGCGGUCCGUUCAUGACCGACAUAUUCGCCAGCAAGUUUCCUCAGGAGGAGCCGAGCGCCGUGAUCUGCACCGCAGGUUACUUGGAGCAGCAGCUGAUGAGGGAAGACUAUCCCCUCGGUGCGAAGCGGGCGCUAUACAAGCCGCCCAGGAUGCUCGCCGACGACGACCGCCGCCAGCCCUCGGAUUUCAAAGUCGCCGGCAUCGGCGUGUGAGACGGCUCUGGGCCCCAAGAGUUCGUCGUCAUCGUCCUCGCCGUUCGUCGAUCAGCGGGACUGCCUGCUGGAGCGCGCCCCCCACGCCACGCGGUCUCCAGCCCCCCCUCCAUCGGCUGUUCUGGGCCCGCCUGCCCGGACGCACGUGCUCCGCAGCCCCUCCUUCACCC